CAUCAGCCUAGUUCUCUCAGCUUCUUGGUUCGAAUUGAGCAACGAUUUCCUUCAUCUUGCAACCACAUAUCAUUCCACAAUGGCAUUGCAGGGGGUAGAGCAGACGAUCCUUCGGGAUCCCGCUCUCUUUCAAAACUGACUCGAGACGGACGGCACGACCUAGCUAUUGGAUCGUAUUCCCCAUUACGAUUGUCAUGAUCCUGACCGGCAUCCUCCGCCACUACGCCACCGUGCUGAUGAACAACCCGCCGAAACCCGCCGCGACGCUGGCCGAAUCCCGCGAACGCCUGGGCCUCAUCCGCGGCGUCAACUUCCGCAACAACGCCUACGUGCUCAGCCCGGAGUCGUGCGAGAUGCGCCGCAAGUACCUCAUCGCCGCCUACCAGGAAGGGGCGUUCCUCAAGGACCCGGAGAACCGCGGCCAGCCGCCGGCGAACCCCAUGACGGAUCCCGCGGGCAUGGAGGCGAUGAUGGGCAUGAUGAAGGGGAACAUGAUGAUGAUGAUCCCGCAGACGUUGAUCAUGAGCUGGAUUAAUGCUUUCUUUUCGGGGUUUGUGAUUUUGAAAUUGCCCUUCCCUCUUACGAUUCGGUUUAAGUCGAUGCUGCAGUCCGGCGUGAUGACUCGGGAUCUGGAUGUGCGAUGGGUGUCGAGUCUUUCUUGGUACUUUUUGAAUCUGUUUGGGCUGCAGUCUGUGUUUGGGUUUAUCUUGGGAAGCGAUAAUGCUGCCAGCCAGAUGGCCCAGCAGAUGGCUGGUAUGAACCCUGCGGCCGGCAUGAACCCCUUCCAGCCGGGUCAGGACCCCGAUAAGAUGUAUCAGAAUGAGGCGGAGAACCUUGCGGUUAUGGAGCACUUCUGCAUCCUGGAUGGAAUCGAGGAGCGCAUCUUGCAGAACUAUGGCUCCAGCGGAGCGUAUUAAUGUGGUCGUUGUCGGGGGGUGUAGACUUGCUUUGGGUGUGGUAAAGCUCACAAUGUAAAGCUCGUAUCUAGUGUGAUGACGCAGGUCAAGAUAGCUAUUUGUUUUUUGAAAAAUGUUAUAUUAUCACCAAAAUCUAAAUGUCAAUACAUGAAA